AUGUAAUAAUAAUAAUAACCUAGAUAAAGAACAAAGGAGAGAUUUGUUAGCGAAGCAAUGAAUUUAGUUAAAUUAUGGAGAUAAGUUUAUUAAACUGAAACCAAAUUUGUGGAUGGCAGAUCUGUUCGAAUCACAUUAGAUUAGGCUGCAGAGAUUGUUGGCUGUCCACGAAAAACUUUAGAGGAUUAUUACUAUUUAUUAAGGAAGGCAGAAACCUUGGUUAAUUUAGAGGAAAAGAAAAAUGAAAAGAUGGGUUACAUUAGAAAAUUAUGUAGGGAGAAUAAAAAAUACAAAUAAUAGUUAAAAUAGGAGGAAGAAUGUUACCAACUUAAUUAAUUUUAAUUUGAUGAUAACAUCCAUGAUGAUUGA